AUGGAAAACUCUGACGGCUUUAUUCCCAUAGCUGCAAUUUUCUAUGCGGUUUUCCAUCCGACCCAGGGAACAAAGAUUGUCCAUCAGGUUCCUGAAGGGUCUAUCUCCACAAUUCACGAACGUGCUAAUACUCUCUUCAAUUUCGACACAGUGAAAAAUUAUGUCAUACCGAAGCCGCAUCUCUGCAACAAGCUCAUAUCGUUCAAGAUCAACAAGUUCAAGGUGAUUGGGUAUCCUGUAAAUAUUGAAAAUGACCAGUACUCGCGUAACUCCUUCAAUUUCAACUUUUGUUUUGUGUUUCCGUACGAUAUUGGAGAUGUGACUCCAUACGAGCCCGCAAUUAGACGCAUGGGCAAGAUGUUCCAGGUUCUCGAGGAGCAGAAUUUUAUGUUGAGCAAGUUGGAUAAGGACAACUCAUUCUUCAAGAAGAGUAACGUCUCGAACGCCACCGCCAAUACAAAUAUCCAUAUGAACACCCCGGGUUAUCUGAAGACGAAAAGGAUCAAUCUUUCCUCAAUUGAGUCUUUAAUCAAUCAGAUCUAUCAGGAUUUGAACAAUUACUCCGAGUGCUGUAUUCCUCUAGAUAGUGCCAAUUCAGUAGAUAUCAAGCUUUUCCCCAUAUUGCCUCCUCCGAUUAAUAUCAAAGCUUUCCAGGUCCCAAUUGCCACUGUUAAACUCAAUUCUUUAGUAGAUGUAAACUGGGAUCCAACAAUGAUCAAGAUCUUGCCGUAUAUUAAUGGGCUCAAUUCUGUCAAGAAAAUCAGCGAAUUAGCCGAUGCAAACUAUGUUUUGACGAAACAGUGUAUCCAGCACUUGAUGCACUACAAAUGUAUCGAAAUUAUAGAUAUCUUUCAGUUCGGAAACAUUUAUGCUCCUACAAAUCAUAUAGGAAGUUUCUUGAAAUCCAAUGCCAAGAUGGCAGAAGAGUGUCAGGCAUAUGUGAUAACAAGCGAUGUAAACUACGAUACAUCAUCUUUCAGUAACACACCCAACAAUUCACCAUUCAACACUUUAAACAACAAUUCUCCAUAUGGAGGAUCGCUCUUGAAAAGAAUGAAUCCAGUGUAUGAACACAGUGCUAGUAAAGGUGCUAUCACUGUUAAAGUUCCAUCAAAGGCUACGCUAUUCUACUUGUACCGAUCUUUGAAUCAGGGUCAGACAGUGAAGGAGUGGUAUAUACAACAUCGUAAACUAUUGGUAAAUGUGGAUAUCCGUAGAUUCAUCAACUUUGGUGUGCUUCGAGGAAUCAUCUACAGGGUACAUACCUACCCAAUUUUGAACUCUAUCACUCGUCUCAUUGAAAACAACGACGAAGAGCAGUACGCCAAGCUUGUGGAUAUAAUAAGGAAAAAACAUAGACCUAGAAAGAAAGAGGUGCUUUCUCGUCCCAAACUGAGCGAAGGUAAUUUACUCAAAACUCGAGUCAAUGAGCAGGUAUUGAAAACAAGUCAAGGUAAAACAAAGAGAAAAGUCAGCUUCAAUAAGCCACAAAAGGUGAAGCCUCUAAAUGACAUAAUACUAGAAAGCGACAAUGAGGGCGAUUCUGACUCUGACUUUAGCGACGGUGGAUCCUCAAACACAUCAUAUCACUCUGAAGAUGAACUUGAUUCAGAUGAAAUAGAAGAGGAACGUGAUAUGAUCAAUCUCAUCAAAAUGUUGAAGGGUUACCAGUGUUUCGAUAGUAUAUGCACGGAGUUGCAGAAGUCGCGGGCUGAAGUGGAGGCUGAUAUCGAGAAGAUCGGCUCGUAUAGUGUAUUGAAUGGGUAG